AUGGACUCUGGUGCCGGCGAGGCUUCGUCGCUUUUCGGCGGAACCGACGCAUCCGCCGACCCUUUCGCAACCGCACUCGGGGGCGACACACACGGCGCGCCGUCCGGUCAACACGCAGGGCACGGAGGAGAGACGUCUCAUACCCAGGAGUCUUCCGUAGCGUCGGAAUUGUUCAAUGGUAACGCCGACGGCGUAGACUUCUUCAGCGCAGCAGGAGCGUUAGGUGGUAAUGUUUCUGACCAGUACGGUGCCUAUGACAGCACUGCCCAGGCCACGCCCGGGUACGAAGGCACGCAGACGACCGUGGCUAGCACGGACUAUCCGCAGCAAUACCAAGGGCAGGGCUACCAGGAGAAUGGCUGGUAUGGUGCUGAUCAGCCAGCAACUGGCUACGCACAGCAGUCUCAAGCGUACAGCACUACCGCUUAUGACGCGCCUUCGCAAACGCACCCGCAUUAUGCCUCUACGUAUCCCUCUUACACUCCAUAUGGACCUGCGGCAUCCUCCAGCACAGUACAGACCGCUUCGACCUCGAACGCCUCGGCCGCGUAUGACCCUUACAAGCCGGCAGUACAGCCCGCAUCGGCUCCGUAUGCCUUGCAGACUACGUCAGGCUCGGCAUCCCAGCCUUCGUACGACCCGUACAACCACUCGCAGCCUGCAUACGAUCCGUACAAGCCUGCACAGUCCACUGAGUCGGGAAACGACCCAUACCGUCCGCAAGCUGCGACUACUUCCUAUAGUGCGAAGUCUGACUUCCGCUGGGGCUCGCUCGAAUCAGUCGUACACGGUACUACCACCGGCACCUGGUCCUGCCCCUUCGGCAGCGGCGGCGGCCCCCUUUCGUCCGAAGACAUCGAAUGCCUACGAUCCCCGUUGCCCCCACCUAAGACAAAACGCGUGUCGAGCCACGUUGUAUACCCUAGCUCACCACCGCCUGGCCAGCAGUCGGCUCUCAGUCCGCCUCCUCGGGGUCCACCAAGGAAGCAAACACCUAUCUCAAGUACACCUGUCUCAAGUGGUGGAUAUGCUCCGUCCGCGCCGUCGCUGCAACACCCACCUCCGGUACAAAGAUACGCUUCUCCCCAGCAAUCCAUGGCUUACGACGGCAUGCCUCACGCGGUACACAACGGGCAUGCCUCGUCAGGGGACUACAGUGUUCAUACUGAUACAGGUUACCCGAGUCAGACUGUGCCUCCCUAUUACGCACCUCAUGGUCACCAUGAAUGGGAUACCAUUCCGCAGCCCGACGCUCCGACGCUUUCUCCCAACCCAUCUGUACCACCGCCUCCCCCUCUAGCGGCCCCAUACCAGGCACCGUCGUCACUGAUCCUCCCGAGCGAGGAAGGAUUGGCCAAUGCUGAGCAUGGCUUCGACCCGUAUACGCCGAACUACACCACCGGCCCGACUGUGUCGCCUCCUACAACAAACUCACACCAUGGCUCUUACGGACCGAGUCCAUAUGAGCAUUCACGCGUAGCAUCCCCUCCUCGAAAAGUCGCCUCUCCUUCGACAGCAAGCAGCGCAGUACCAAACGGCUCGACGACAUCGCCUCUUGGUCACAGAAGCGUUUACGCGCCGAAUCACAGCGCUCCAGAACGGACUAGAUCUCCUGGUAGUGCGUCUGUGCGCUCUGUAAAGAGUGUUCAGAGACAACCCCUCGAGCAGCCGCAUCAAGGCUCGUUGCCUAAAUCGCCGUCUGUACCAUCCCGUGGUCUCACAACUGACUCGACGCACAAGAUCCCUGCCAACGCAUACGACCCACCCCUUCCUGAUCCAAGACGAGCAGCAUCUCCCUCGACGCGAGUGUCUCCCAUACCUAUGAACCGCCGCCUGCCGUCAUCGGUCGCCAGCGGAGGAUAUGACCCUUACGCCCCGACAGCAAACAAUCGUAUGCGUUCAAUGUCUAAUGGCUCCGUAUUGUCGUCUAUCUCGGCAGUGCUCGAGGAUCCGUACUCUCUGUCUCGACAUGUCCGACAGCAGACAAGCGACAGCACGAGGAGUAGCUUCGAGCGCGUUCCUGCCAAUGCGUAUGCACCCACUACGGCUGCAACAUACGAUGGAUUGGCGCAGGUCCUGACGAUACCUCAUCAGGCUCAGACCAUGUAUGCACCUUCGCCUUCGUUGGUUGGUGCAAACGAUCCUCUUGGAAGGACGGCUGCCCGCAUACCCGUUAUUAGCUUUGGCUUUGGCGGCAAGCUUGUGGCAUGCUUCCAUGGGUCCUCUGCAGGUGGUGGAUUCGACGUCGCGCUGGCCUCUCGUCAUUGUUCCGAGGUAAAACUCCACACUCUACACAAGUUCAUCCCAGACUCCGCCUUGGAUACAUCCGUUGCUUCAUAUCCUGGGCCUUUGUUCUCGGAUCCCGGAACUCCAACGACGAGUCUCGUCCGCACGGCUGUUGUCACGCAGACUAAGACGAAGAAGGCACGUGUCAUCAAGUAUAUGGAAGAGAGGGCCGAUGAGCUCAACCGUGGUCUCGGAUACUUCCACUCGGGGAGCUUGGAAGGGCGGCGUGCUGAAGGCAAAUUCAUCCUGGUGAAGUUGCUCAAAGUGAUGGUCGAGAAUGACGGCCGCUUAUCAGGCAGUCCUUCAAUCGAUGCAGCUGUUCGCAGUGCAUUGACUCCUCGAGCAGCGCAACCGGCCUCCGAUACCUUGCAAUUGGCUUCCUCGAUCAGUGGUGACAUACAGUCGCCGAGCGUGGCCGCUGCUUCGCCGUACCUCUCAUUGACUGCUUCUCAGGAUCCCACAGACGCUAUCGUUGCUACCCAUACCCUUCAGUCUUCUCACCUGGAUAAGAUACAAGAAUUCCUUUUGAGGGGAGAACGGCGGGCCGCAUCACACUACGCAUCGGACCAGAAACUGUGGGCGCACGCGAUGGUCAUCGCCAGUAGCAUAGACAAGGAAGCGUGGAAGGAGGUUGUCACCGAGUUCGUGAGAACUGAGCUGGCGAGCAAACCUCAAGUGCCCGGCACGCACACGAAGGCCACGGCUGAUGGCCGGGAGGCUCUGAGAGUUGCCUACAGUCUUUUUUCUGGGCAUGGGUCCGCAUCGAUUCAGGAACUGGUAACCCCCAAGCCUCUCGCACAAGCAGUGUCAACGCUCCAGGUACCUUUACCUUCGACGACCUCGGUCACACCCCUUUCGGCUAGCUUCCCUGGCCCAUCUGAGCCCAUGAACGUCUCAUUGGAGGUAUUGGCCAAGUGGGCAGACACGAUUGCUAUGAUUUACUCGAGUCCACUUACAUUCGAGACUUCGUCGGCCUUGACUGCUCUCGGAGAUCAAUUAGCAGCCAACCAUUGGUACGAAGCUGCGCACGCAUGCUAUUUGCUGUCUCCGCAGACGUCUCCUAUGGGCGGAAUCGGUAGCUCAAGCCGAAUGGUCCUCCUUGGAAGCCCAAGUCCAUCUGUUUCGCUGAGCUUCGCCAAGGAUCCGGACCCACUGAUCUUCUCCGAGGUCGCAGAAUUUGCGAUGUCUUUGACAACACCUGCGAAGGGCCAAGAGGCAUUUGCUGGUCUACCGCACCUGCAACCAUACCGCCUUAUACGCGCUGCCAAUCUUGCAGAAUUGGGACAUGUCCAGUUGGCAAAUAGGUACUGCGAAGCCAUCUCCCAUUCUUUGAACAGGAACUCGCCGUAUAUCAACCCUACGUUCCUUGAGCAACUCAAGGGUCUCAACGAUAGGCUCGUGGCUGCCCCCCAACUCGAUAAGUCAGGGUCGUGGAUAACCUCCAAAGUAUCGAAACCGAGUCUCGAUGGCAUCGGCAGCUGGGUUGGAGGCCGCCUUACAAAGUUCAUUGCCGGAGAGGACUCUCCUCGACCUGACCAGCAAAGUCAUGGACAACCGUCGCAAUCUUUCGGGGGACCCUUUUCUCAGACUGGUUCUGCGACGGGCCUGCGAGCGUCUGCUGCGCCGCAGAUCAAUCGUGCCUCAUCUGCCAUGGAUUACACGCGGCCUUCGCUGAGUCGCAAGUCUUCCCCCGUGCCCCGCGUCGCAUCUGCAAACCCAGCGACGACAACGUUUGCAGAUGCGUCACUGUAUAGCCAAGCACUCAACGGACACGCCUUCGGAAGCAGUUCCAAGCAGAGCUUGAACGGAUAUGGGACGCAGGAUGAUCAAAGGCCGGCCAUCGGAACAUGGUGGGGAUCAUCAGACGCUAGUGCCACGACACCAACUGCGUCCUCCUUUAUGCCGAACGACGAGUCUUCCGUACAAACAGCGACGUCAAGCCAGUUCAUCUCGCUAAUGGACGACUACUCUGCGACGCCCACGGCGUAUCAGGCGCAGAGGACGUUCUCUGAUAACCCAUCAAUUGACGAGGAGGAUGACUUGGGGUUGGGCAACUCGUUCAGUCGCCCGAAACGCGAUCGCCAGGCGAGCGAGGAUGAGUCUGCGCCUGCGCCAACAAAGGAAGAGCCCAAAGAGCCCGUCAAAAACGAGGAGAAACCUGCCGGCUCAUCAAGCGGGUGGUUGAGUCGUUUGUGGAAGCGGGAGUCCACGCCGGCUCCUGUGAAAGCCAACCUGGGCGAGCAGACUUCGUUUUAUUACGACAAGGAACUUAAGAGAUGGGUCAACAAGAAUAGUGGUGCAGAGACUGCAAAACCGGGACCACCGCCGCCCCCGCCCCGCGCGCAGACUACGUCUCCGGGCAAAUCCAUGAGAGCGCUGCCCUCGGGGGCGACGCCACCCCCGCCUCCAACAAGGCCCGCAACGACCGACCCGGGCGACGGCCCGCCCAAGCCCCCGAUGCGCAUACGCUCUAACUUAGUUCCACCUGAGAGCGACAGCUCUGCGCCACCGACACCCAUGUCGGCUACGCUGCCGGGACAGGGCCCGCCACCUGCAAGCCGGUCGAGGGGGGCUGCGAAGCGGCCGGCGAGGAGUCGAUACGUAGAUGUUUUCGCCCAGCAGCAGCAGGGCAGCUAGACGACAGUCGUGUGUUCUGCGUUAGGCAGGAUUGGAAAGAGUUACUCGGUCGCAUUCUAUCAUCUCUGCAUGCUUAUACAUAUCCGUCGCAGUGUUCUGGACUCUCGAAUUCAUAAUAGAUAUAGUCUUGUCUCACGUUCAUGCGACAGAUCGGAAAGGAAGACAAUGACUCUCGACUUUGGAUGUGGAAGUCGCGAUGUGAUGACACCCGUUUUUGUACAAUACACCUGUCUGGACUCUACAAGAGCAGCCUGAAUGGAUAACCUGCGAGACAACGCUAAGUAUCCUGGUGAAUGCAGCCGGAAGAAGCUUAA